AUGGGCAGUUACCUGGACAAGGCCGGACAUCCACAGUCGUCUCCAGCCCAAGCGCACACAGAUGUGCCCGAAAGGCCUGUGAACCGCCAGCGCGCUCAGCCCCUUCACCAGGUCUACCGGGUUCAGCACGUCCACCGCGCCCACCCGGCCCCGAGGCACAGGCCUGUGAGGAGGCCGGCAAACUGGGAUCCUGCGAUUCCCAACGCGUGGGUGGUCAACGAGGCUUGGAGGCGCUUUCCCAUGAAGCCUCCCCAGAAUUCCAUAAUGGGACCUCUUCCCUCAGACUGGUGGGAAAGUUACCUCAAGCAGAGUAUUUGGUCUCUUCGGCAUCCCAGGGUAAUAUGGAGCCCAGUGACAAUCAAGAUCACUCCCCCUGAACCGAGAGGGUACUCCGCCACUUCCCGGGCACAGGCAAUCAACUCUGCAGGGUCCUCACCUUCUGAGGAGCCUCCAGAUCCGUGUGCAAAAGAGACAGUGCUGAGGGCCCUAAGAGAAUACAGGAAAAGAGUGAGGUUGGAAGAACCAAUAUUCCCUGAGAACUUGGACAGUAAGAGAAGGAGUCUGGAGAUCAGACCAUCUGCAUUUAAGCCCUUGAUGAAAAAUGGGGUCUUCUCUUCUUUUGUGCCCAGGCCUGGGCCUCUUAAGAGAAGCCUCCACUCCUGGAGCACAGAUCACAGCUUGAAUAAGAGAUCCAGUUGCUCCUUCAUGAGCUCCUUGACCAGCUUACACACAGGUGGCCCACUCAGCUCCAAAAGAAAUGCUGUUACAAGCUCCUACAGCUCUUCUAGAGAUUUCUCAGAGCCAUGGAAGAGAAGGGGUCUCAGUGCAUCACUCCAGACACCAGAGUGGCCAGUAAAAAAGAAAGGAAAAGUUCAUCAGUCUAACUUGCCAGAUACCCUGGUGUCAGACAAGGAGUCCCCAGGAGCAUCUGGCAGUUCUAAGCAACAAAAUGAGAAGAUUCCACUGCUGCUGUCUAGCCCCAGGAACCUGCUGGUGGUGACCUCACUUCCCCAGCUUGGUUGUACAGACCUUGCUGAGGAUCUGGCCUUGGGAAAGAAAGCUGGGCUCCAAUGCAGCAACAAAGCCAGGGAGGAUAAGACAGAAGCCACCAUAGACUCUGUCACUGAGACUCAGCCUGAUAUUCAGCCUUCCCUUUCUUUCACCCUCUCUUCCGCAGGAACAGUUCCAACCCAUGGCACAAAACCUCAGUUGGAAAGCUUUAAAAAACUGCAGAAGUCUCUAAGUCCACUGGCUUUCCCACAAUCUACUGGAGAAGCAACAAAUGUGGUCCAUUCAUCUCUGAAGACACCCAGCCUGCAGGCACCACUUGCAUCCCCACAGUCAGAGCCCCUUCCAGGCAUCUCUUCAGAUUCAAAGCCCACAACUACUUUCAUCCUUUUGACCUCAGCUUCUCCCACAUCACGGGUCACCGAUGCUACCAGGCUACCUUUGACCUCGCAGACUGACAGGUCUGCCAUGCCCCCCACUCUUCCUGCCAUUACCCCUGCAGCAACCCCCAUGCCAAGUACUUUGUCUGGAAUGAUGAGUAGCUCACCUCCUGUUACAACUUCUGCUCCCCCAAUGCUGAAACCCAUUUUUGGGCUGCCACCCAAUACUGAGAUUGGAGCCUCCUUAUAUUCCAGAAUUUCAAUCAUGGCUACAGCAUCUUUCAGCUCUUCCCUCACCACAACUCCAGGCACCUUAACUCCCACCUUCAAGCCUGUCUUUGGCAGCAUAGAACAAUUUAAAACUAUGCCCAUGUUAUCUCCUUCCUCUUCCAAGCAUACUUCUCCUCCUGCUACUCCUUUUUCUACCCAUCUCUUCCAUGGCCUGGUCAAGGCCACCUCUAUAGUCACAUCCACCAUCCCAGCCAGCAUAUCCAAAGGCUAUUCUUCCAAGCCACCUUCAGAUUUUGGUGUAGUGAAUGUUACUAGCACCAUAGGCAACACUUACUCCAUCCCUUCCACUUGCCACACUUUCCUUCUUGGGGCUGCCUGUGCUCUUAGGGCCAGCUUCUCUCCAGCCACAGGUUUCAUUUUCCCACCACACCAACGACCUACCAUCCCUGUUGUACACACAGUCACCAUCUUUAACAAGGUUCUUCCCAGUGCUGUCCAGAUAUCCCCUAGCAGUAGCACUGCCAAUUUCAGAGUUACGAGUGACCCUCUGUCAGCCUCAGCUCUACUAACCACAAACCAGCCUUCACUGUUAUCCAGUGGCUCCACUCUAACUCCAGCAUUCGCAGUUCCCUCUGGGUCAAGCUCAGAUCCACCUUUCUCACUAUCCUCAGGAGCCACGCCUGCAUUUGGAGCCAUAGAUAGGCAGAAGCAAGGGGCCUCCCAGCCAUUCCUUAUCCCAAGCUUCAGUAACUCUUUCCUUUGCGGAAAUUCAACAGUGACAUCUCUAACCCCAACCCUAACUCCAACUUGGCCAGCUUUCAGCAGUACAACAGAAUCAUCCUCUGGGGGUUUGACAACCUCAGCAUCUACCUUUCACACUCCUGCCAGCACCCAACUGGCAUUUGGCAGCACUCCAGCAAAUUUUCCCUUUGGUCAAACUAUACCUGGCUUUGGAGUUGUCACCCAGACCCACCAGAGUGGGGCUUGUGGCUCAGUGUUUGGCAUUACAGCCCCACGACCCUUUGCCUUUGGGGGAUUAGUGACCCCUAUGGAUUGUGGGGAGUCUGGGAUCAGCGCAAUUGCCCCAGACAUAAGAUCUACCUCUGGAACAAUCAGCAUUGGAGGAGUGCUAAGUGGGACCACGAACACUGUCACCCCCUUUGGAAAAAGCUGGAGCCAGAAUACUCAAGGCUUGCCCAGUCAGAGCAUGCCUUUUACCUUGGGGGGGUCCAGCACUUCUGCAAGAAAGACUAUGUUUAGAGACCCCUCCAUGGUCCCCUUUGCUCAGAGCACCCCUGUCCGUGGACCAGUUAGGGGAAGCAGCAACCUUGGCUUUGGAAUGCCCUCUCCACAUGCUCAGGGCUCUGUUGGGAGAGGACUUUUUAGAACAUCAGCCCCUUCUUUUUCCAUUGGUGCAAAAUCAAAAACCCCAAGGAAUCGGGAGCAAGGGCAUUUCCGAAGGCAUCACACGCACAAGAAAUAG